GGCGGGGCUCCUGACGGGGCGAGGGCCCGGGCCUCGGGCGAACGCUGUGGCGGCGUCAUGUCCUCCGAGGUGGCCGCGCGCCGCGACGCCAAGAAGCUGGUGCGCUCCCCCAGCGGCCUGCGCAUGGUGCCCGAGCACCGCGCCUUUGGCAGCCCCUUCGGCCUGGAGGAGCCGCAGUGGGUCCCGGAUAAGGAGUGCCCGAGGUGCAUGCAGUGUGACGCGAAGUUUGACUUCCUGACCAGAAAGCACCACUGUCGCCGGUGUGGGAAGUGCUUCUGUGACAAGUGUUGUGGCCAGAAGGUGCCGCUGCGGCGCAUGUGUUUCGUGGACCCUGUGCGGCAGUGCGCCGAGUGCGCCCUGGUGUCGCACAAGGAGGCGGAGUUCUACGACAAGCAGCUCAAGGUGCUCCUGAGUGGAGCUACUUUUCUCGUAACUUUUGGAAACUCUGAGAAGCCAGAAACCAUGGUUUGUCGUCUCUCCAACAACCAGAGGUACUUGCUUCUGGAUGGGGACAGCCGCCACGAGAUUGACAUUGCGCACAUUUCGACUGUGCAGAUCCUCACGGAAGGCUUUCCGCCCGGAGAAAAAGACACUCACACUUACACCAGCCUCCUGGGGAGCCAGCCCGCCUCUGAAGGAGGCAACGCACGGGCCACAGGCCUGUCCCUGCGGUUUGCAGCACCGGGGGCGGAGGGCCUGACGCAGCUGAAGCUGACGGCCGGGGAGGACGCACACGCCAGCAGGAGGCAGUCGACGGCAUGGCUGGCGGCCAUGCACAAGGCCACCAAGCUCCUCUACGAGUCGAGGGACCAGUGAGUGACUCCAUGCGGGACGACCGUCAGCAGGGGACCGUGGAGCCAGCUCUGCACACACAGGCAACUAACCCCACACGUGCUGGGAAACGCAAGUCGAGCGUUUGGAGAAACAGAUCCUAGUGCGAUAUGCACAGCUCGUUAACACUCUGAACAGCUUCGUGCUUUAGAGUUUGUGCACUAUCCUGUUGAUACUUAAUUGGAGGUGGGAGAGACUCAGCUACACUACUCACUACUGCUGAACUAUUUUUAGCGUAACUUCAACCAUGUUUUUAUGGGUGCCCAGGUUUGCUAGAAGGUUCUGGCCCCUCAGUGUUCACUCUUGCAGAGUAAUGAUUUGGGCAGUGGGAAGUCGGGCCCGAUCUGUUUGGGAUCCUGGUUUCUAGUGCGUCGGUUUACAGUCUCCCUGAGCCCGUUUUAUAGACUCUCCACUUACCGCAUCACUAAUCUGGGCUACGAACAAACCUUUGACACUUCACUGAGGGGGAGAAGCCAGCUUUGCUUUUUGUAUUUUCACUUACUAUUUCCCUUUAUUAAAAAUAAUUGUACAACAAUUUGUAUAUAAAGCUUAUGAUUAAAACUUAUUUUGAAACUAA